AUGUCUUUUCGGUACGGCCCGGGCUUCCUGGCAGCUCUUCUCACAAUCGCCAACAUCCUGAUUCCACUGGCGGUUUUCACGUUUGCUACCGGUUUCUUUCCGUAUAAGCCGGUUCUACCAGGUUUGGCUCAAUAUGAGGCCCUUGAAUUUGGCCCGCCGCCACAGGCACCCUUCGACCGCCUCAUUUUUAUGGUCGUUGAUGCGUUGCGAAGCGACUUCGUAUACUUGAAUGGCACCGGCUUCACAUACACUCAAGAGCUCAUCCGCGAUGGUGCCGCCCUACCUUUCACGGCGUAUGCGCGGUCACCAACCGUCACCAUGCCCAGAAUCAAAGCCAUCACCACUGGCUCAAUCCCGUCUUUCCUGGACGUCAUCUUGAACCUGGACGAAGCAGAUUCGUCCUCGACUCUCGCUGCUCAAGAUACCUGGCUUGCCCAGAUGAAAGCCAAGGAGACGGGGAAAAUGCUCAUGUACGGCGAUGAUACAUGGCUGAAGCUCUUCCCGGGCACUUUUGACCGUGCCGAUGGCACCGCGAGCUUCUUCGUAGCAGACUUCACCGAAGUGGACAACAAUGUCACCAGGCACAUAGACAGCGAGCUGAAGAAUGACGAUUGGAGCACGUUAGUUCUCCACUACCUUGGGCUCGAUCACAUCGGGCAUAAAUCAGGACCGCGAAGCUCACACAUGGUACCCAAGCAACAUGAGAUGGACGGUAUUGUGAAGCGUAUAUACAACGCCAUGGAAUCACGAGAACAUAUGGCUUCCACAUUGAUGGUUCUCUGCGGAGAUCACGGUAUGAACGAUGCCGGCAAUCAUGGAGCUUCUUCUCCCGGCGAAACCUCUCCGGCGCUCGUUUUUAUCUCUCCCAAACUAAAGGCUUUGCAACGGAACCUCCAAGCUCCUGUUCCAUUUCGAGAGGACUUCUCCUACUACACCAAGAUUGAGCAGUCAGACCUGGCACCCACCCUCGGUGCUCUGCUGGGCUUUCCGGUGCCGCAAAAUAACCUUGGCGCCUUCAUAUCCGACUUCCUGCCUUUCUGGCCCGACAGAAAUGAUCAGAUCCAACUGCUCGUCCGCAAUGCCCGGCAGAUACUGAACAUUGUGACAGUAACUUUUGGCUCCGAGAUGUUUGACUUGGGGUCUACCUUUGAUCAAAAAACGUGCUCAAAUCCUCGGGAUGAUGCCCAGGAGCUAGCUUGUGAAUGGCACCGCGUCAAUGAUGCACUCAAAACCAUGGAUGGCGAGGCCGAGUUAGAUCCAACCUGGCGUGAAGCCAUGUCAAAGUGGCUCAGCAGAGCGCAGGAUCUGAUGAGCAGCAUGGCCAGCAACUACGACAUGGGAAGGUUACAUAUCGGCGAAGCAGUUGUCGGCUUCGUUGCCAGUUCCCUGAUAUUCGGCGCUCGACUUAGUUUGAUACCGCUACUGGCCAUCUCAGUUACGUACGGCAUCAUGAUGUUCGCGAGCAGCUACGUAGAAGAAGAACACCAUUUCUGGUAUUGGGCCACAUCGGCCUGGCUGGGCUCCAUGGGCAUCAAAAAGAUGCAGUCCACCCGGUCGCCAUCAGGAACACUAGUAUCUCUUCUCAUCGCCCUGACAGCAACUAGACUGAUCCGGGGAUGGAACCAGACAGGCCAGAAGCACGCCGGCGAGCCCGAUAUCGCUAAAACCUUCAUCGUUACACGCCCUCCCAUCCUUUGGACCCUUGUCAGCGUAACCUAUCUUUUCCUUUUUGUACAACUACUUAGAAAACUCCGCGGCCUUCCCCGCGCCGGCGUGACAGCUGCGUCGGCUCUUCUAGUCCUCUCCGCCUUCACGUUCAAGCUCGCCUUUACCAACGAAGACGCACCGGAGCUCGUGACCGGGCCCCUAGCAACCCUCAACACCCUAACCCAGGGCAUCUCUCUCGUCACCCGAGCCCGCCUCGUCUUCGCCGGCAUCGGCGCCGCAGCCCUCUACUCAUCCUACCUAGCCCUCUCCAACCCAAAGACCGAGUCACGGCACACAUCCCCCCUCCUUCACCACCUCAUCACCCUCCUCCUCGCAACCCAAUCCCGCGUCACAAAUAUCCCCCUCCUCCUCCUCUUCACCCUCCAACUACCUCUUCUCGCCUCUCUCGACCUCUCCCUGCCCCUCCUAUCUACGACCUCCCUCCUCCUCCAGUACGCCUCCUUCUUCGCCUUUGGCGGCACAAACGCAAUCUCCUCCGUCGAUCUCUCGAGCGCCUACAACGGCGUGGGGGGCUUCGACGUCGUCGCCGUCGGCAUCCUGACCUUUGUGAGCAACUGGGUCGGCCCCAUCUACUGGGCGUCCGCAACGAACCUGCUCCUCCUGCAGUACCGCGGCCGCAGAGCCGGCAGCGACGAAGGCAGGUACGUGUUUUUGCGACACAUAGGGCACACGACCUUGUUCACGGCGUGCAGCGUCGCGUUCGUCAUGGUGGCGUGCGAGGCGCUGCGGACGCACCUGUUUGUCUGGACCGUAUUUUCGCCAAAGUACCUGUACUGCAUGGCCUGGACCAUCGGCCAGCAUCUUCUCGUCAACGUCGUAUUUGCUGGUUUGUUGUACCGUUUGGGAUCGGCUUGA